CAUAUAUGCAGUGUCAAAAAUGAUUAUUGAAAGUACAAAUGCAGCUGGUCAGGCUAGGGUGACGGCUUCAGAAAACUUCAGAAACCUGGGGGUUGAAAUUGUGAAGACAGUGCGGGCCGCAAAGGAGCAAAGACUUAAAAAGUAUUCCGAGCAACUCCUGCGAAUACAGAUGGAGCUGAUGCAAACUAUGAAGGAGCUGGACCAGGCAAAAAAGCGAUACAGCCAGCAAGAGAGGAUAGCUGAAAUUGCCAGGGAGAAAGCAGCAGACGCAGAUGCAAAGCAUAAGAAGAAUGAUUAUCGCAUUUUCCAGUCUAAGUCAAGUUUACAGAAGCUGAAUGCCAAGCUUUCUGCACGGGUGACAGAAUGCAACAUGCAGCUGACAGAAGCUCGCAAUGAGUACCUUCUGACUCUGUCUGCUGUCACUGCCCACCAUGAACACUACCACCAGACGGACCUGCCUGUUACCAUGAAGGGUCUUGAUGGUGAUUUGUAUGACAGAUUGAAGGAGCAUUUCACUUUUCUCAGUGAAACAGAAAUAACUGCUUGCCAGUCAACUCUAGAACAUUUUCAAAGGAGUCUGGAAUUUUCUCGUCAGAUUUCUAGAGACUAUAACCUUCAACUGUUCUUAAAGGAAAAUCCAGUUCUCAUCACGUCUCCUGCCUUUCGGUUUGAACCAUCUGGCACAGAUCAGGUUAACCAACUACAAAAGCUGUCUGGUAGUCAAGGAGAAGCAUGCAAUCUGGAGAAAGAGGCCAGAAAGUGGGCCAGUAGAAGUGCCAAAGAUUUUAAGAUCAAAGCUCAUGCAGAAAGGGCAUUGCAGAGCAUGGGCAAAAAGGGGAAAAGUGCUUCAGAGCAAGAACAGCUCAGUCUUGAGCAAAAAAUGGAUGAAGUGCACGAAUGCAUUCGGAAAGCUCAGAUUAAUAAGCUAAAAGCAGAUGCACGUUUAGGGUUAAUGCGGCAGUGUGGAGUGAAUGUUGACACCUGGCUGGCCAGUGCCAUGAUGCAGGCAAAUGAGGAACUGGAACAUGAGAGAAAACGGAGUGAAGCUCGAAUAUUAUCUAAUGGGGAACCAUCCCCAGAGAUUGAUGAAUUUGACUUAACUGAAUUUGACGAUUUUGAUGAUGUUGAUGAUACUUUUGAGGAGGGCAGAUCCAGUCCUGUCAGUUCCAGUCGUUCGUACCCACUGACCUGCAGGGUCCUUUACAGUUACCAGGGCACUCAAGCAGAUGAGCUUUCCAUCUGUCAGGAUGAAGAACUGGAUAUUAUUGAGGAUGGAGACAUGGAGGACUGGGUCAAGGCACGGAACAAAGCUGGACAGAUCGGUUAUGUCCCAGAAAAGUAUUUGUCGAUUCCAAUUACCAGCCACAGCCUUCAACUUUCAGCUUGCGCUUUUAGUGACAGUACUUCCAAUGCUUCUAGUAACUCCAUGGAAAUGGAGCUCCGCGGCAGUCAUGUGUUUGACCAGAAAAUGGAAGGUGAUGUGUGUCUUGCAAGAGCUCUGUAUGAUUAUGAGGGUCAAACUGCAGAAGAGCUGUCCUUCUUGGAAGGAGCCAUUAUUCGUGUCCUAAAUAAGUGUAAGGGUGGUGUGGACGAUGGGUUCUGGGAGGGUGAGUUUAAUGGCCGCAUGGGGGUCUUCCCCUCGUUAAUGGUGGAAGAAAUAACAGGUGAUGACGCAGACCAUGAUCAGGAACCACAUUCACCUUCACCACCUGUUUUCUCACUCCCUGCGCCAGGAAUGCAUUUGCUGAGAGUGGAAUCUGGAAGUCAUGGAACAUUAGUAGGCUCCACCCAGGAAGGCAGAAGCAGCACACAGAAUUCACCAGAACUGGCACUUGGGAGGAUUCGACCUAUGCGAGCAGCGCCACCCCCUCCUGCAAAAUCGUCUGGUAAUGCCACAGAUUCUGAGGAGCACUUUGUCUGAGUUUGAAACUCUGGCUGUUUGAGAUGACCAAUGUUCUCACUUCCAUGACAAGUUGCAUCUGCCUGACCCUACCACUGCAGGCCUGGGCCGUAGAUAAACAUAGUGCAUGAGCCAAAGAUUAGUGCCUUGCUGAGCAGCCACUGUGAUAAAACUUUUUGCUAUUAACUAUUUACACAGCUCAUUAAACAUAGGUGCAAUGACCAGUCAUUGCUUGGUCUUCCACAUACCGUGUCUACUGUGAAGGCUCCAUGAUAUAUGACUGACAGUGUCAGGAAACUACUUGCGUGAAUUCGUACAGAAAAGGAACAAGAAUGUCGUUAUAAAUGGUUGUGAUGAAACAAAUUGGGAUUUUCCUUUUGGCUUCACUUUAUAGAUAUUGAGAAGAAGAUACCGCUUCAUAUUAACGCAGCUGUUGCUAUACAUUUAAAGCACUUGUUUGUUCAUGAAAUUUUCCUCCUGCUAGUAUCAUGUCAGAGAUGGACCAGCAGAAUAAUAAUCUUUGUAGGAAACUGGAAUAAUUGAGUCUUCAUUGUGUGAUGGCCUAACAAAGGUAUUCCUUCACAAUCUUAAAAUACUAAAGCUCGGAGUUACCACAGUUUUUUUAUAGCUUACAGUCCAGUUGCAAAGGAUUUUUAAUUUGACCAGAAAAAGGUAGUGCAAUGCACUCUGAAGUGGAGUGGGGAUAGCUAUGAGGUGUCCCACCCCACUGUUUAAAAUACUAUUUCAUAAUGUUCCUUACAAUCUGCAUCAUCUCAGCAGCUCAUGGUGUGAGAAUGUUGGCACAGAUUUGAAGCAUUUGUGAAGUUUUCCCAGCAGAAUUGAUCGGCACUGUAUCAGAUGGCGGUUGCUUUCCUGCUGGCAGAAAAUGCCAUCAUUAUGACACAAGAAGUGACAUUCUAACAAUAAACCUAUUACCUGUAUAGUAACUAGUCCAAUUUGCUUUAUGCAUCUCUUCUGUUUACUCUAACAGUCUUUCUGCUGGAAGUGACAUUGAAAAUAGUGGCAGUCUUCAGAAUGUGUUUACAAAUUAUUUUCAGCCUGUUUGCAAUUUUAUUUCACACUUAAAGACCACUUUCCACUACUGUUGCUGCUACUACCAUUUAGUCCGAGUCGGUUGGUAUCAGUCAGUUCAAUGAGAAUUGCUGAAGGUAAUGGAUUGGGCUGAAAGGUUGUCUGCGGUAGCAGAUUACUCUAGGAGUGUCAGCCGUACCAAUCGCAGCGGAUCGCUUGCAGAGAACUUUAUCUUCUUUUAUAAGCCUCUGCAGCUCUUUAAAUGCAACUGCAUUUCAGUCUUAAAUAUUUAUCGAAAGUUUAUUAAAAUAAAAAAUUGAAAAAUGCAAACCGUAUAUUUAAUAUUUAUAAGUGAACAUUAUAUUGUUUAGUUUUCUGUACUCAUUUGUUCAUUUUAAUCUGUCUUUGCAAUUCUAAUAAUUUGUUUGCUGUUUGAGAGGAACAUGAUGCACAGAACUGAUAUUUGCAUACCAGAAAUGAAGGGUCACAAGAUAUAGUUGCCCUCCACCAGUCCAUUCUCGAGUGUGCCUUCCUACCCAGAAAUAUCAAGUACUCAUUUUUAGAUAACAUGCAUUUCAUUUGAAGUAAUGUACACGAUAUGGUAUGGUGAUUAAAGCCUGUUUGGUGGUGGUUUAGGUGGCUGUUAGAUCAGUGCAGUGACAUAGAGAGCUAAUUGUUUGAGAUCAUAACUUGCUCCUCAGUUGUCAAGGGACCACCACUUGAAGGUACAUCAGGGGGGAGUGGCUGUAGCUUGCAGCCUGCUGCUGUUCUGCUGCAUACUGUGUCGAAGUGUCUGCAUAACUGUAACAUCUGGAACUUUUGACAUGUACGACGACAGAAAUUCACUAUGCUAGUGUGUCAUAUAUGCAGUCACCAAGGUUGAAAGGAUUUUUAAAGCUAGGAUAAAGAUCUUAAACCAGUUUCAAAAAAUCCUUUCUCAUCCCAUAAUCACAAACACUGAAAUACAGAAGG